AUGACCCUAAGCACCACGAGAAAGCGAAAGCGUGCCCAAGACGAUGAUUACCCACCCACCCAGCCACGAGAGAUACGACCACCGUUCUGUCUAGAUUGUGGAGGACGGUCUCACCAAGGUUCAUGCUGGCCCCGCUGUCAGAACUGUGCGUUCUGCAGAAAAUGCGGCGAGAUCGGCCACUACUGGCGACACUGCAGUCUCUUUGUCCCCCACAAGCAGUGGAAACAACUGAAAGCUAAGCAUAAGGCAUACACCAGACCCAGAAUCGAGAGUCUCAACAUUACUAUGCCGGUGGUGAACCCCGAGCCGGUCAUGAACCGGGAAACCUUGAACUCGGCUAUCCGAGAGCACCUGAAAGUGGCUCUCGAUGGGCUCUGGAGGCCGGUUGGUCACUCACUUCAGACAUCUCCGGUGAUAAACAAUGUCAAUAUAAUCACCAAGAUCCUCCCUUCUGAACUAGCGACUCGUGUUAUUGCCCCAGACACAUCUCUGCUGCAAAGAGUCAAGCCCAACCCCAAAACACAUCAAACUACUAACCGUCGGCCCAAAUCUACCAAAUACUCUUCUGGUAUGUCUGCAGCUGGCCGUGCUGCCUUUGGUCCUCCAGUGUUUGGUCAGCCUGCCUCUGUCGGAGCUAGGAUUUCUGGACCGGCAUUGUCUCAGAAACAACCUGUUAGUUAUCCGAACUGGCCCAUCCUCAACGAAACUCCGUUUGGCACAGUUUUCUCAAAGAGCCUCUCGUCUUCCAUGCCGGAGGAAAAGACAGGGGAAAAAUGUGCGAGCAGUAGCACCGAGCUUUGA